AUGGAGGCAGCUUCCGUUUCCGCAUCAUCGCUCAUAAGAGUUGCAGGUCUUUCUGGGUCUCUUCGUAAAUCUUCCUACAACCGUGGUCUAAUUCGUUCUGCGAUUGAGAUAAGCAAGACGUCGAUCAACGGCCUGCAGAUAGAGUACAUAGACAUCUCACCGUUGCCACUGCUGAAUACAGAUCUGGAAGGCGAGGGGAGUUUUCCACCUGCCAUCGAAGCGUUUCGUCAGAAGAUUCUGGAAGCUGAUAGCAUCCUCUUUGCCUCUCCCGAGUACAAUUACUCCUUCACGGCACCUCUAAAAAAUGCAAUUGACUGGGCGUCAAGACCACCAAAUGUUUGGGCUGAUAAGGCUGCCGCAAUUGUAAGUGCCGGAGGCGACUUUGGCGGUGGGCGAUCGCAAUAUCAUCUUCGCCAAGUUGGAGUUUAUCUUGACCUUCAUUUCAUUAACAAGCCCGAGUUUUUCUUGAACGCAUUCCAGCCUCCUGCCAAGUUUGACAGUGAUGGCAACUUGAUUGAUGAACAGGCCAAGGAGAGGUUAAAAGAAGUUCUUCUCUCCUUGCAGGCAUUUAGCUUGAAACUUCAUCGAAAGCACUGA